UGAUAGUUCUAGUCGCCAUUUUGUUCUUCGUGUGUUUUUGCCGGAGUUUGUUGUCCGUUUAUUAAAAUUAUACUCCAUGUUUUAUAAACAUAAUACAUUUACAGGAAARUUAGCAACUUCGGAAGCUCAAGCAACAUAUCAACCUCAGGGUUUUAGUACAGCAAAACCUACGGGAUCAGCACAAGCCAUGGACCCUGUAUCAACUGGAAAAGGAGGGACUCUUGAUUCCCUAAGUAGAAUUGUAAAAAGUCAAAAACUGUUUCAGGCUACUCAGUCCCCUAUCUAUGUAGGAAAAGGCCCUAAAGAUGUCAUGUUAUACAGGGGUGCCAUGGCUCUAACACUACUUGGACUGUCUUUUACUUUCUUUUCUGUUGGUCAAAUGGCUCUAGGAAUGAUGAAGAAGAAAUAAGAAACAUCUGAUUUAAUAAUAACUGUAAAUUACUUUAGUGUUGAAUUUUUGAACUUUUAGAGUCAUAUUUUGUCACUGUAAUAUUCAYUGUUUUUUUGAGUAAAACAAAGACAAGAUUUUAAGAUUG